UAUUGUUUUAUCUUUGACAUUUUAAAAUUAAAAAAUUAAAAUAUUCUGCCAAAUUCUACAUGCUGAAAGGGUAGAUUGUGAAAGCGUUCGUUUCUUGCAAGUUUUUAAUAUUAAUAAAAGAAAACAGUAAGAAAAAUAAGUAAUAAGUUCACAGUUCAACAUGUCGGAUCAAAUGAGGGGCCGCGGCCGUGGCCUGGCCUUGCUACAGGCUCUGAAGAAGACUCAGGCAAGCUCAUCAUGCGAUGAUGCUUCCACUAGUACUACAGAUCCUAGUACAGCUCCAAGUGUAGUUAGCGAGUCUGCUUCUACUGCCAUGUCAUCUGCCUCAUUGCCUAUGGGCACCUCAAUUGGUGGUAGAGGCAAGAUUGCAGCUAUGCUACUUGCCAAGGCUAAUGCAAACAAACCAGGAGUCCCACAAUUUGUUCCGGCAAGUGACGUUAGUCCAACACCAGCAAAGGGCGUAGGCAGAGGACUCAAGCUGUUACAGUCUCUACAAGCUGCGAAGGCUGCAGGCGCUGCCGCUGUUCCCGGCCCUUCUGGUGAAGGCAGCUCAAGGUCUGGAGUAUCACAGAUCACAGAAAAAAUGUCUAAAACAUCCAUUACCAGACCACCUGAUAACACUACUCGGGCUAAAAAAGUUUUCCGCGAAGUAAAAGAAACACCGCCAGUUGUGAAGAAGGGUGUGACUGGCAUGCCAGUAGAUGUGACAGCAAAUUACAUCUACUUGCAAUUCGAAGAAAACAGCGUAUAUGAGUAUGAUGUCAGGUUCGACCCAGAGCAGGACUAUAUGAAUUUACGCUAUAAACUUCUCGGUGAACACCAUAAGUACUUCCCAAACAAGACGUUUGAUGGUACCACCCUGUAUGUGCCACAUAAGCUGCCUGAAGAAGCUCUCCACUUGAUCUCCACUAAUCCUUAUGACAGCAGCAAAGUUAGGAUUACAAUAAUAUUCCGCAGAACACGUCGCCUGAGUGAAAUGAUACAUAUCUACAACGUAAUAUUUAGGAAUAUUAUGAACGACCUGCAGCUAGUCAGGAUCGGUCGAGAACACUUCAAUGACCGAGCUGGUAUUCCGAUACCUCAGCAUAGAUUGGAAAUUUGGCCUGGUUACGUGACAGCAGUGAGCGAAUACGAAGGAGGUUUGAUGUUGACUUUGGACUCCACACACAAAGUAAUCCGGACUCAAACAGUACUAUCAUACAUUAAGGAGACUGUCCAAUCAGAGGGAACGGGAUGGAAGAAGGCUCUCGCUGAGAGGCUGGUCGGCUGUUCAGUUAUGACUACGUACAAUAAGAAAAUGUAUAGGGUAGACAGUAUUGACGACGAGAAGACGCCAAGAUCAACGUUUGAGAAGCUUGAAAAUGGUGUACCGGUGAAGAUAAGUUACGUCGAUUAUUACAAGAAACAAUACGGUAUUGAAAUCAAGGACUGGGAUCAACCAUUGUUAAUAUCCAGGGAUUCAAAACUUUUGCCUGGCACAGAAGGUAAAACAGACUUCAUGAUAUGUUUGAUCCCCGAAUUGUGCCAGUUAACUGGCCUUACGGAUGAUCAACGAAGCAAUUUUAAAUUGAUGAAGGAUGUGGCUUGCCAUACCAAGAUAACACCGAACCAACGUCACGCAGCGUUUAAAAAGUACAUAGAAACAGUGAUGAAAAACGAAACUGCGAAGCGUAGACUAUCCGGUUGGGGUCUGAGCAUAGCUCCGGAGACUAUCAACAUAACUGCAAGGACGCUGCAACCGGAGACUUUAUUCUUCGGUAACAAUGUCCGAGUGCCAGGCAGACCCAAUGCGGAGUGGAACGGGGAGGUCACUAAGAACCAUGUGAUGCAAGCGGUCGAUAUUUAUAAAUGGGCUCUCUUGUACACGGAUAGGGACAAGAGAGUUGUUGCUGACUUUGUGGACACAUUGAAGCGAUCCUGUCGCCCAAUGGGUAUAAAUGUCAGUGACCCCGAAAUGUUUCGCCUACCGAACGACCGCACGGAUGCCUACGUCAGCGCGUUGAAGAAACUCAUUGUUCCUGACUUGCAGAUUGUGGUAGUUAUCUGCCCAACCGCUAGGGAUGAUAGAUAUGGAGUUAUCAAGAAGAUAUGCUGUGCUGAUAACCCUGUGCCGUCGCAGGUGAUAAACGCCCGUACACUGAUGAACGCGAAUAAAAUUCGUGCGAUAACUCAGAAGAUUCUUCUUCAAAUGAACUGUAAGCUGGGCGGUACUCUUUGGAACAUCAAUAUACCAUUCAAGUCAGCCAUGGUCAUUGGUAUCGAUUCCUAUCACGAUGUUUCGCGGAAGAAGCAGAGCGUUUGUGCUUUUGUCGCAUCAUACAAUCAAUCAAUGACGCAUUGGUACUCAAAGGUGGUGUUCCAAGGGCGCGGCCAGGAGAUAGCUGACCAUCUCAGAGACUGCUUCGUACAGGCCAUCAGGGUGUAUCUCAGUGUAAAUGGUAAUUUACCUGAUAGGAUUAUUAUAUACAGAGACGGUGUAGGCGACGGUGAGCUACAGGUGAUCAAAGACUUCGAAAUUCCACAAAUGCAGAUCUCUCUGUCUUCGUUCGAAGGCAGGACUGUACCAGCGAUCACUUAUAUAGUCGUACAGAAACGUAUCAACACGAGGAUAUUUUUGAAGACACCAGAUGGACUGGAAAAUCCUAACCCAGGAACUAUUGUGGACCAUGAUAUUACUAGACGUGAUUGGUACGACUUCUUAAUAGUAUCGCAGAAGGUAAACCAAGGUACAGUGACCCCAACACAUUACGUAGUUGUCCACGACGAUAGUGACAUGACGCCGGAUCAGUGCCAAAGACUGACGUACAAAUUAUGCCACCUUUACUACAACUGGCCUGGUACAGUCCGAGUGCCAGCCCCGUGCCAGUACGCCCAUAAACUGGCAUCUUUAAUUGGCAGUAGCGUACAUCAAGAGCCUGCUGAGUCGUUAGCCAACAAAUUGUACUUCUUGUAAAAAGUAUUAGUACUAAAAAGUACAUAAUAUGUUUAAUUGUGAUUCUUUGUGUAAUGUGCGCGGUAUUUUUUUGUUUGUUUGGCAUCCAAAAGCCAAUAAAGAAUGGCAGAUUAUAGUAUUUUUACUUAUUAGGGAAUGUAAAACAUUUGUUAUCUAAAUUGUCGGUCUAAUCUAAUUAUAGACUAACUUUUGUUACUUACCUUACUCAGAGUCGUUAAUAUGGUUACUUAACCGAGUUCUUAGCAAUUGUUUUCAGAACAAAAUCGUUACUAAGGAAUAGUUUAAGUAACCAUUAAAUGUCUCUGAGUAUAGUUUUUGAUCAAUUAUGUACCUAAAAGGUACCUUUUUUUUCGUACUUUUCGUGUUCAAUAUCAUUUUACGUUACUUCAUCAAACUAUCGAAUUUCGUCUCUUCAUUUAGAUCUACAUUUUAAUUUUAAUUUAACCCACCGUUUGCAAUUUUCUCCCACCUUUUAAAUUUUAAGUUAAUUUUGAAUCAAAUGGCUGAUUGAGUUAGAUUAUAUGACAAAGUCAAUUCAGUGAUUGGGUUUUAAAUAUAAAAUGUGAUUUGUUUGAUCUAAUUAUUAUAAGUAUUUGGGAUGAUUUUACUUUUAUUUUUAUAAUUUUCACUGCAAAGGUUAACUAGUUCUAUAAAUUAAUUCUUUGAGGUUAUCAAUUUAUUCUAUUUUUUUUUCUAAGUUUAAAAAUACCGCGCAUAUUGCAAGCCCACUAGUUUAAAAUCGGAGCCAUUCUUUUUUUAGUACCUAAAAUUAAGUACAUAUAGAUUUUAAGAAUUCAUUUGUCUACUCUCGUCAUAGGUCUAGAAUCUCGACUGUUUUGUCAGUAUAUUUUUUUAAACGUUCUUUUGUGCUUAACUUGUUCGGACUUUGAUAUUAAGUGAUUUUGGGACAAACGAAUCGAGUGAUGCUAUGUGUGAUUUUGAUGAGUAAAGGAGUUUAAAACGCCAGUCUUUAUGUAAAACUUAACGUGUGUGUAUACAUGUCUGUUGUAGUCAUACAAUUCCUUUGCGUUGAGAAAGUAAAUUAAGAUGUUCGAGGUGUGACCGCUUUUUUCAUUUGGAUUUCUUUGACGUGUGCCAAUACAAAUUGUAUGUAACACGCUGCAGUGUACUUAAAAUUAUAUUUACCUAUCAGGAGGGUAGGGAGGCCUUUGUCCUGCAGUGGGAUGACCUCGGCUGAAAAAAAAAAGCUGUUGGUACUGGAUUUAAGUAUCACGUUGGUAAAAGCUCCCGCUUCUGAAUUGGGUGUUAGAGUUGCCAGUGGGUGACCUUAAAGAAGACUGUUGUACAGUGGUCACGUGCCAUCCUACAUAGCGAGGCUCAAGGACCCAGGUCUUUCUAAGUAUUUGCGGUAGUGUAACAGAUGUACCGUAAGGACUUCGGCGUUGGUCUAUUGAGAGGACAGUGGCCCAUAUAGAUGUGAAUUUUGGCCACCGGGGAGGUUUUAGUGAGGUGAUAAUUCCAAAUUGUUACAAAAAAGCUAGGUGCGUUUUUAAUUGAUCAAAAAGAGUUUAUCGAGCUGCUUAUGGGCUUGAGUGCUCUAUGGUUGGCCGCAUCAUCGCUUAUCACUGGGCUACAUAGUGGCCUAUAACCCACGAAUACGAAAUUAUGUUGAAUAUCUAAAAAAAUCUUAACGCAAAUGGAUACGGUGCUCAAAAUGUAUCUCAGCUCACGUCGCAUUUAAUUUAAUAAGCGAUAUAGGUACUUAUUUAGACUUAGUUUUGUACUUAGUGCUUUUAUAAAAAUGCUAAGUUAAGCUUCCAUUUUGGUAUUAUUUCCAAACGAAUUAAUUACUUUCUUUAAGACUUGAUUCUACUAAUUCUUUGCGUGAUUUGAAAUAAUCACUGACUAAUCAAGUCGUCGAGUAUGCUCGACUAAUUUCAAGCUGCAACGGGACUCAUAAUCAUGAGCGUCUCACAGCUAACUGGUUUCUCGAGCAUUUUGAUUUGUUCAAAUUAUUAGUAGAAUCGACAUCUUCGCAUAAUUGACUAUGUACAGUACAAUUUGUAAUAAGUUUGUAUUAAGCGUAGUAUUAAAAACAAUUGGGUACGUUCCUUAGUCAAAAAUAAUUUGUUAAAAAAUCCCCGAUUCCCCAACAACCCUUAAAUUCCUUAUAAUCUCCAAAAGGCCGGCAACGUUUUUGAUAGUUCAAAAUUAGAAUUGAUUGUGACUGGUUGGAAAGUACCCAAUUGUUUAAUAUUUGUGUGAUUCUUACAUAUUAUUUUGAUGUGCCAGUAUGUUAUAGUUAAACAUCUUGUCUGAGAUUAUAAACGUUUUAUAAAGUUUGCAAAUGGUGUGUCUAUAAGAAAAUGUAUGUUAACAUUUAAGUACCUACAUUAAGAAUUUUCUAUGGAAAUGCUAGUAUGAUAGUGUUAUAUAGGAAGCAUAUCCAUAAUAGUGAAUAGAAACAGAUAGAAAUUAUUUCUUACCAAAGAAAAAGAGUAUAGUCAUUUGUUUUGUGACGGAGUACAUCUGUAGACGCUCUCUGUCCCAUACGUUAAACAGAUUUUCAACCUUAUAAUUUCACUGUUAAGUCGAAAAUCCUCUGAUGAGAUGCACACGUAAUUUGAUUUACACUUAGGAUUAUUACUUCUUAAGCUUUUCUUCAUGUUCAUGCAUCUAGUCAUAUGCAGUUAAGACCACCUUUGCUUUUUAAUACUUAUUCCUUUAUCCCAAUUACUUUUGGGCUCGUCACUAAGUCUCAACCAGUUACCCUUAGUACGAGUUUGCUUUACGAUGAACGAAAACGAAACGAGAGCGCGUUCGGCGAUCUGAUUGGCCAGUGUGAAGGAAAAAACCAAUCAGCGCUGAACGCAUCUCUUUUCGUUGUCAACAAACUGGUAUUAAGCCCUCUGAUUCGAAGAAAUGUACUAAUAUUUCUAAUUUUGGAUCAAAUCACCAAUUUCCUUGCUAGGCUCGGUUAGAGUGAUAUCACGAACUCACAGAAAACUUAGUGAUAUUUUGUAAAUUACCUUUCCUAUAAGGAGGUCUAAUAUUGACUUUUAUGUGCUCACUACACAUUAUAAAGUACCUUUUAAAGGUUACCACAAUUUAAUCUAUUUUCGAUUUUGUGAAAAUUGGGUCUAGAAUAAAAUAAUACAUAAGAAUGUCUACCAUUUACUGGAGCUCCGGCUCAAAGUAGGAGAUAGAACGGGGUGGAUUUUAGUCAGUAAGAGUCUGACACUUCCUCCCGCCUCACCCAAGGCAGGAGAAGUCAUUGGAUGAUUUUCCGCUCUCAAAAAAAAAAAAAAAAAUGUCUACGAUAUUUUGUAGACUACAUAUGUUAGUAUUUUAAUAUGUAUUAGAUAUUCGUAUCACUUAUAAGUGUGUGGCACAAAUUUUUGAUACUAUACAUGCCUAUUGGACUGAUAGGGUAUACAAAAAAUGUUUUGACUGUGUAUCUGGAUUUAGUUUGUAGGCGGCUUGGCUAAAGGGGAGGAAGGAGUAUCGAUUAUAGUCUGUCAAUCUGAUCUGAAUGUCAACCAACCUACUUUUUAUCCCACGGGAACGCGAACGAAGCCGCUGGCAGAAGGUAGUCAAGAAAUAAUUGUAUCAAGGAAAAACGCUAGUGGCUCCGUCUCUUUGUUCCCAAGUGUCCAAGACUUACUAUACAAUACAUAUAGAGAUGUGAUGUAUACAUAAAAAAUGUACUUUGUACUUUUGUACAGCGAACUCCACUAAAUAAUACAUUUUGUAUAGAUACAGUCAAACCAUUCCAAUUGAACAAAUAAAAACAUUUUUGAAAGUACCUAUUACCAUAACACGCCCAAAUUGACAAAUGUUAGUUCUGUAAGCCAAAAUGAACAGUAGCGACAAACUGUAAAAUAUAUUGUAACAGUUCAACCAUAUGCGUCCUUCUUGACGUGGGAAACUGUCUUGAAUACCGAAAGAAAUAUACUCAAGAAUAACGCAAUUGUAACUCCUUUUUUGUUGCGGACGUCCACGGGUGGCGCUGUGAUCGCUUUUAAUCAGGUGAUCCGUCUGCUCGUUUGCCGCCUAUCCCAAAAAGUAGAAUAAGAAAUGGUUUACAUUUCUUGCCAUUACAGUAUAAUUAGUAUUUUAUAAGUGGAAACAAUAAUUAUGACUUUAGUAAAAAUGGCAGCCAAAGAUGCGUAUUACAUGGAUAAGUAAUUUGUAAAAUUAGUUUUAAUUCCUCAGUAAUAUUUUCUUUUCAGAACCAACUAUAGGCAAUCUUUUGGCAUUAUUAUUUUUCUGUAAUUUUUCAUUUAACUGAUUUAGAAUUUUUUAUUUAAAUCGCAUGUAACUUGUAUUCUAAAAUACAAGAAGACUAACUGCCGAUCUUAUGCAAAAUCUCAGGAUCGAUUGUGAUUUUUUUAUUAGUACUGUUCGAAAUCGAAAUUCUAUUUAGUACUUUAGUUCUUAAAUUUAGUUUUUAAUUCUAAGUUUAUUAUUGGCGGCGCUAGUGAGGUGAAAAGUAAAAUUUCGCAAUCAGGCUCAUUGAGAGGACAAUUGGCUUGAAUAUGCAAAUAAUCACUUUUGUACUGCGGGAGAGCCAUUCUUCGGCAUCGAUAGUCAGGCUCGACUGGAGUGAUGUCCAGGACCUCACAUGAAACAGACCUGCGUUGAACACUACAGUGAAAUAUCACAUGAGUCCAAAAAGCCGGCAACGCACUACUCUGGUGUUACGGGAGUCCGUGGAAGGUGCUGAUUCUUACCAUCAGGCUAUGCGUCUGCUCUGUUGCCACCAUUUCUAUAAAAAUAUUGUUCACAAGACUUAACACAACACUAGCGCCUCUAGCGGUGUAAAAACACCUCAUUUCAGUGUGAUCUGUUUGGCUACCUCGAAAUGACUCAAAUAUUCGUAAGUUUUUGUUGUUAUUUACUUUUAUAUUUUAUUAUAAAUUUCCAUUUCAUUCGUUUAGAUUAGGCCAUAUUAAAAUUAUCAUUGAACUUUAUCUUUAAUUUUAAAGAUUAAGUUGUAAGUUACUGAUUCAACAUUCCUUGUAUUAAGUUCUAGCUUAAGUUACUUUAAAAUAAAUCGAAUAUUGACUUCUAAACUGUAUUUUAUAUUUUUUUCUUAUUUUGUGAUUGAACUCAUUAUUGAUUAUGAACAGAUACGCUCCAAAAUCCUUUUUACUGUGUUGUUAGAAAAAGAAAAAACUGCAACUAUGCUCUCAGAUGUACACAGCUGUAACUUCAACAACUUUUACCAUACAAUAUUUUACCAUAACUGCUCGAAGCCUCGAAGCAGGCGUUGGAUCAGGGUGGUUUUUAGUCAGUAAGAGUUACAUUCCUUCAUGCUUCAACCAAGGUAGGAGGAGUCAUUUGAUUGUGAAUUAAUGUUGAUCACUGAAAAUGUUCUGUCAUUCUAAUGACAUUUUAUUUACAUAACAUUUUAAUGUGAAAAUGUUCUGUCAUUAGAAUGACAGAAAAUUUUCACAUCAGUGAAAACUACAGUGAAUGUCUACAACUACUAGUGACUGUCUACAGUCUGACCAUUCUUUACACGUAAUAAAGCUAGUUUGAUAAUACUAUAUGUCGUACCUAAUUAAGAAUUAAUAGGUAAUGUACGUGAAUGAUUGUAAGAUUGAUAAAUAAGCAGUAAGUUUGUAAUAACCGUGAUUAAGUACGUACGUAUACGCACACCUUAAAAUGUAAGGGUUGUCAGAAUAUUUUUGUAUGUGGUCGAUUGCGAUUUGAAAGUUAGUAUGUAUCUAUUAGAGAUUUUUUAUGAGGAGAUAUUGUCUUAUUUGAAAUAAAACUUUAGUACAAAAUUCUUC